AUGUUNGUAUCAUAUAUUGAUCGGAUUGAAUUAUUUUACAAAAAAGAAAAAUUUGAAGAUCUUGUUAACGAUGUCGACUGUUUGAAAAAACUUCAUUACAAUAUAUAUAGGGAUAAAAAAAUCCUAUUAAUCUAUCACAAAUCUCAAAAGGCUAUAAAUGAUUACAAAAUGAUACAAGAUUUAGAAAAAUUCGAACGUUUCGACGAAGAAGUCGAAGAUUAUAAAGAAAAUAUUAUAAAUAAUUCUAAGAAAAGAAAAAAAAAUCGAAGAAUGAAUAAAAACAACAAGUGGUUACGCUGA